AUGUAUGACCCUCUGGGCUCCUCGCAAGCUGCUUUUGGCGGAGAGGACGACUCUCAAAAUCCUCCAUGGCCAACAACACCUCAUUCUCCCAGUUCAUCCAUCCCAAACCUCCGGCGUGCUUCUCCAGUUCCCCCGAUUCCAGAUAAAGGACCGACUCCAGGUCUUUAUGGCAAGGAGCCACAGAUAUAUGGAAAGCCAGAAGCCGGGCUUAUCUCACCGAGAGAGACACCUGGUUCAAAUGGAGUGAAAUAUGAGAAGACUGAACCAUAUUUACGCGUCCGUAUCAAUGGCAUCGACAGAAACAGGAGAGACAUUCUAUUCAAAUUGGAUGCGCAGACCAACCUCUCCAAUUUCAAUGGCACGACGUAUCGUAAUGUGUCGCGCUCCUAUCUUGAAUUCCAGCAGUUCUACGAAUCCAUCGUACACAGUAAUCCACAAACCAUUGUUCCGGCCUUACCCCUCGCUCAAACUUCUGCUCCUACCGACGAGGAAGAUGACAGACUUGUGAAGAUUAUGCUACAGCGAUGGCUCACCAGAGUUUGCGAAGAUCCCAUUCUUUUGCAUGACGAAGAUCUCCGCUCCUUCAUUGAGAGCGAUUUUGGGUAUCAACCCACUCCUCGACCAAGGCGUAAAACCUCGACAGGGUUUGGCAUUAUCCGACGUGGUGUGCCAGACGAGGAUGAGGAAUUACAGCGUGCUCGAUUCGAGUUGACGAAACUUGAAGGUCAGUUUUUUGAAACAGCUAAAGCAGUGGACAGGCUUGCUAUUGCACGAAAAGCUCUUGCCAAUGCUCAUUCAGAAAUGGGCAAUAAACUUGUCAACAUCGCAACCACAGAAGCACAUCCACCACUAGGAAAUGCCCUACGCAAGCUCGGCAGAACUUGGCACAGUGUCGCUGACCUUGAUCAUGCACAAGCGAUCAGCGAAUGUGUUAUUCUGGGAGACUCCCUUGGAUAUCAAGGAAUGAAUGCGCGGUCUGCUAAAGAAACUCUUCAAAUGCGCACAGGGGUUUUGGAAGAAUAUCAGAGCGCUGUGAAAACAACUAUAUCGAAACGACGUCAGAUUGAGCGAUUGAAAGCAAGCUCAAAUAUCCGCCCAGACCGGGUGGACGAGGCUUUGGAAGAAAUAGAAGAGGCAAAUCGUUAUGAACAAACAUUAGCCAAAAGAGCGGAGGGAAUUUCACAGAACCUGCACCGUGCUUUGCAAACUCACAACAAAUACGCCAAUGACGAUAUCACUGCAGCUCUUAUCGAACACGCUCGUUCUUCAAUCAUGUAUGAACGUCAACUUUUGCGCGAGCUUGAGGCCCUCCGCGUUGAUUUUAGCAACGCAGACAAAAAAGUUAUUCCCUCUGUCAACGUUGCACCUAAACCUUCUAUCGUUCCGCCCCUUGAAGACUACUCUGAUCGACUCUAUUCAGCUCCUACCGCUCCAUUGUCAAAUGGAUUCCCACACUCUACCCAUAUACAGCCUCCUCACACUGCGGGAGUCCCUACCCAGAAUGGCUUUACUCCGCACCGUAUCCCUGCUCAUGUCCCUAACCCUGUAUUAGGCAACUCUCAAAGUCCUCUACCGUCUCCCUUCCCUCAAACCAUUUCCGGAAAACAAGACCCUUUGUCUGCAGCUUCUGUCCGCUCAUUUCACCCUUCUCAACCUCCAAUAUCCCCUUCUACCCCGAUAUCCCCUCCCACCUCUCAAUUUUCUAACCAUUCUUUACCACCGCAAUCCCCAGGUGCCGGCCCUUCAUCUCCAGCUCCUUAUACUCCAAAUGUUGCCCCCAAGCCAUCUCUGAACGAGCCUCCUCUUGGCGGAAAAUUCGUGGAUGGAACUAAAUCUAUGUUUGUAACCAAGUCAUCGGGCCCACGGCCUUCUCCGUUGUCUUUCUCUUCUUCUACGUCCAACAUCCAAGGGCCCGCAACUAAUGCACCCUUUGAUCCUCUACGCAGCGAUGCACAUCCUGCAUACUCCUCUCCUUUAACCGAACCUUCCCGAGGAUCUGCUCAACACUCUACAGACCCUCUUGGCUCCAUUAUACCUCAGCACAUGUCUAGCUCGGUUCGCGUUCAACCUACGCGAUCAAGGUUGGAUGCCCGCGAGGCCGCCAGCAAACUUGCAAAUAUGUUUUAA